CUCUCUUGGAUGAAGGUGUAGAAUGAUUAAAGAAACCCUAUAUUACCAACCAUAAAAAAGAGAGAUAUAUAAGAGCAGUAUAUAUAACCUGCGGCAAAAAGUUGAGCUUUCUCAAGAAACAAUAAGCAAAGCUCAAAUUUUGUGCAACCCCAAAUGGAAUCUGAGGCUUCUCAUCAGCGCCCAAAACGGAGGAAACUCAGAAAGCUUACUCAAAUUCCAUCCACUUCAAGCAAUUCAAUCCCCACUUUGCCAGACGAACUCAUCGCAGCAAUUCUUGUAAGGGUUCCAGUCAAAUACCUUUUACAGUUCAAAUGUGUUUCGAAAAAUUGGUUUGAUUUAAUUUCCAGCCCUGAAUUUGUAAAAACCCAUCUUAGUUUUUCCGCUAAGGAUUACACCCGCCAUAUAUCUCUGUUACAAUUUGAAAGACUAGAAGACAGUAAUAUGAAAUAUUGUUCUGUCAGCUCUUUAUUUCAUGAUGACUCUGUUAGUGAGGCAUUUGAUUUGGAUUGUCCCAUGAAAAAUCCACCUCAAGGUGUUUAUUUUUCGGGUUCUGUUAAUGGGUUGAUUUGUCUUUCCAAUGGGUUUAAUGAGUUGGUUAUCUGGAAUCCAUCAAUUAGAAAGUUCAAGAAAGUGUUAGACUUUUUGCCUACACAGAUGGGUCAGUGCUGGUUCAAUUGUGGUUUUGGAUAUGAUGAGGUUCAUGACGAUUAUAAGGUAGUGGGUAUUUUUAGUAGCAUGAUUAAGGCCAAUUUCGAGGCCAUGAUAUAUAGUUUAAAGAAUGAUUCUUUGAAAACACUUGAAGAUUUUAAACCUGGAUUGAGUUACUGUGGUUCGCCUAAAUUUGUGAAGGGAAAGCUUCAUUGGAUUACUACGCGUAGAGGUCGUCAGGGCAUCACGUCUAUUGAUUUGGUUGAUGAGAAAUGGGGAAAGUUGGAGCAGCCCUGCAGCUACAAAGAAGGAGAUUUGAACGUUGGCGUGUUGGGAGGUGAUCUUUCAGUGCUCUGUAAUAGUUAUGAGAGAACUCACUCUGAUGUGUGGGUAAUGAAGGAAUACGGAGUUAAGGAGUCUUGGACAAAACUAUAUACCAUAAGGUUUCCUGAGAACUAUACGCUUUCUCCGCCCCUUUUCAUGUAUAAUGAAGGUGAAAUUCUUUUCGUGUUUGAAUCAACUUUUGCGAUAUACAAUACAAAGAAUGACUCUAUCACAUAUCGAGAGGUUACUAAUGUUGAUGACAGUAUUGAGGCAGAACUCUGCAUCGAAAGCCUAGUUUGUCCAGAUCUACAAAACAAUGAUUGAAAGAUGUCAGGACUCAGGUGAAUGACUGUCGUAAUAGUUAACAACUUGUUGCUGUAGAAUCAUACAUGUGUUCAGGGGAACAUAUAUACUUACUAGCUGAUGCUUUUAGCAACUACAGAGAAGCAGGUGCAAGCUUUUUCUUUCAAUAGCCGGCUAAAUAACUACAGGAUCAUCGGUCUACUCCACCUCAAUUUACCAUUUCAAACCUUAUACAAAAGGUUUUUCCGUACUAGGAAGUAAGAUUAUAUCCCUAGGGCCAGGGGUAUUUUACGUGCAGAAGCUCUCUUGCCAGUGGAAGUAAGAGUAACAAGGUUAGCACUAUACUAUUAUAUGCUAAUGUUUGUACUUGCUGUAAUAGUGACGAGGAGGGGGCUAGUGUAUUAUAGUACACCUCACCUCCUGAUUUUGUUUUUCAUCAAUCAGGAUUAAGGUCCCUAAGGACUCUUCAGUUACGCGUUUUGUAGGAGAAUCGCGGGUUGUAAAAAUUCUAUGAUGUUACUUUAUUUUGUUGAAGGAAGCAAGAAACGUUCAUAAAUUGAAGAACAGAAAGUUAAACUUGUAAGUAGGAACAUAAUCAUACAAGUUUAUGCUCUUGUUUUUUUGUUUUUAAGAUUCUACUUGCUAUACAAAAUUAGUUGUUUGAUAA